AUGAGUAGGAGGAAACUACUUAUUAAUCUACAUCGUCUAAACGAUGAGAGUGAAUUUAUGAUACAGCCUUCGACUUCGGUCGUGGCAAUGCAAUCGUUCAAGAGUGAAUUGGAACAACAAAAGGCAGACGCAUUGCUUAGGAAUAGAUAUCUGUACAUCUCUCUCAAUGGUCUAACUGGUAUCAUUCUAAUGAUCGUCGAGUUACAACUGUCAUGGAAUGGUACCUCCCUGCUGAUCGACGGCAGGACCAAAGCACUCCGCAUGACAAUAUUCUUCUCAACCCUAGUACUUUUAUGUCAAUUGAUGGACUAUUAUCGCCUGUUGUUAUCACAUGUUACUCAUGGAUGGAUGACAAAGAGAGCGAGAGGAUUCCGUGUGACACCUUUGAAUGUACUUAGGUCGACUACACUGGCGCCACUCUUUUGGACAGAGGUCAUCAUAUGUCUGGUCCAACCAAUACCAUUCGCAAGUGGUCCCAUCCACGUAUGGAAUGAUCCCAAGUGGGGCCUACUCAUGUGGCUGCGUAUCUACAUGUUUGGCCGUCUCUACCGCGACUUCUCACGUGUCUAUCGAAUCAGACAGAAGAUCACCGACAAGUAUAAGGCCAAGAAUGAGGUGCCGCCCAAGUUCAACUGGUCACUCAGUUUGAAGACGUUGUUGUAUCAGCGUCCUUUGAUGACCUUCAUCCCAUUCACUCUGUUCAUCAUCUUUAUCUGCUCGCAUAUAAUCUAUGUGUUUGAGCGCGAGGCACAGCAUCAGUUCACCUAUGCCGUCUCAUUGUAUAUAUCAUUCAUAAGCAUGUUCACUGGCUGGCCGACCGACACCUAUGACCAUUACAACCCUGUCACAUUCUUUGGAAGGUUUGGAGCUAUUAUGUCAUCUGUACUCGGUUUGUUCACUCUGGCAUGUCUAAUUGAACAGUUCAGCCAUCUUACACGACCAACUCCACAUCAAAGACCAAUAAUGAACUACAUCUAUCUUCUGGAAGUCCAAGAGCGUGAACGCAACUCAGCCGCCGCAUUGAUACAAGUAGUUUGGAAGAGAUUCAAAUGGCAACGAUCACACUUGUUGGCAGCCAAUAGAGUGACGUUCAAUACACAAGAGGCAUACUUCUGUAUGAAGUAUAUUGAGGCUACAAAGAACUUUGGACGAGACAGACGUUAUAAGAAACAGAUACUCAGUCUUAUAAACACAGAGAAGGAACCAGAGGUGAACAACACUGUAAAGGAAGCCGAGCUCAAGGAAGCAUUUGAGGUGGAGCGCAAGUCAAGAGAGGCUCUCGAGUCCAAGAUGAAGACGUUGGAAGAGUACCAAUUAUACAUUGUCAAUCAAUUAAGUCAGAUCCAGGCCAAUCAACAACAACAGCAACAACAACAACAACAAUCACCAAUACCUCUCUUCUAUCGACAGCAACAACAGCAACAACAAACUCCACCACCUUAUCAACAGCCACCAUCAGGACCUGGUGGUGCUCAACCUCCUCCUCCACCUGAAGGCCAG